AUGGGCGGAUACACGACCGGCCCGAAACCCCUGAUCGACCUGCUGCGCCAGCGUUCGCGCCCCUACCUCUUCUCAAAUUCGUUGGCGCCCAGCAUCGUCGGCUCGUCGAUCAAGGUGUUCGACAUGCUGAUGAAUGAUAGCUCGUAUGCCGCCUCGCUGCAAGCUAACGUCACCCGCUUCCGGACCGGCAUGAAGCAGCUCGGCUUCAAGGUGCUCGGAAAUGACGCCCAUCCCAUUGCUCCGGUGCUCCUUGGUGAUGCCCGAAUCGCAUCCACCAUGGCCGAUGAGAUGCUCAAGGAGGGAAUCUAUGUGAUCGGUUUCUCAUACCCAGUUGUCCCCAAAGGUCAAGCGCGGAUUAGGGUGCAGCUUUCCGCGGCUCAUACGGACAAACAAGUCGACCAUGCGGUUGGCGCCUUCGAGAAGAUUGGGAAGAAGCUGAACGUUAUU